CCCGCCACUAGCGCUGGCGGGGUAUGUACUCCAGUAACCUUGAAACAUAGCUCCCGCUCCUCACGCACGCACGCACAUACAUAGGCCAGCGACCUCACCUCAUCUCACCACCGCACCGAAGCAAUCUCACCACCCCCCCAUCAUCUCCGCAAACACCGCACUCAGUCAGAAUGGAUCCUCCCACCACGGCCCUCUUCGUGCGCCUGCAGCAGCACCUCACCGCCAUCGUGACGGAAGAACCGCCGCCCGAGCUCGACGCCGUGCUCGUGCGGACGUUUACCUCGUCACUUGCCGACACGCCCGCGACGCGCCCGCAGCUCGGUCUUUUACCACUCACCAUCCUCGCGCUGGAGACGACCACGUCGGACGCCGCACCGCUAGCGCAGUGCAUCCUGCGACUUUUACGCGACGUCCCGUUUACCGAGGUGUUACAGAUCACGUCUGAGGCGCAGAUACUGGCGACGUUGUCGUCGCCCGCCGCCGCGUUCCAGCGGCUGGGGCUCGAGCUGCUGCACAAGGCCGCGAAGACCCCGAAUGAGGCCGGCAUGCUGGCCUCCUGGCCGGCGGUGAUGAAGGCGCUGCUGCGGGUGUUACUCCUAGGCGAGGAGACGGCGACGGCGCAGUUUGCGAGCGAUGUGUUGUUAGAGUUGCUGAAGGUUGAUUCGAUCGCGACUGGGGGUGCUGGCGUGGUGUGGAGGAGGGUUUUUGGCGAUGAGGGGGUUUAUCGGGUUUUUUUUGAGAGUACGAAGGUGGGCGAGGGGGGCAGGGCGGGGCACGCGCAGAGUCGGCUGCUCGAGCUGAUGCCGCGGAUUGCGGCGUGUGACUGGGAGCUAGUCUGCCGCAGCCGGUUUCCGGCGGUGGAAGCGGAGUACUUCGAGGUGCUGGAGGAGCGGGAUGGCCGGGAGUAUGGUGGGCUGCUGUACUAUGUCGCCGCGAAGAUGGUGGCGGACCGCGAGGACGUCAUGAUGCACAUGCUGCUGCUAGAGUUCUACACGGUGCUCUUCGGGGCGUCGAAGAAGCGCGCGCUGGCGUUCCUCGAGGACCUGGGGAUCGUGCGCGAAGUCGUCGCGCUCGCCCUGCGCCCAGAGGAGUACACCGACGACUCCAUCGACGUGGACCUGCUGCAGCCGAAGGCGUGCGCCUUCGUCGGCACGCUGAUCACACACUUCCCGUCGCGGCUCUCGCAGCCCGCGGACAAGCCCCUGGGCGGCGAGCUGCUCAAGCUGAUCACGCACCACCUAUCGGAGCCCUACGCGCCUCCGCACAGCCCAACACUAACCCUGCUGCGCGCCCUCCCCCCCGCCUUUCUCGUGGGCAAAAACAUCGUCUCGCUCCUCCCCUUGUCCCCACCCCACCCCGAGUUCCUGCGCACCCUUGCCCUCCUCCUACCGCACGAACCGCUGUACCGCGAGUACGCAGCCGCGUCGUCGGAUAUGUACGAGCGCCUCACCGCGCUCUCCGAGACCCUCGUGCACGGUCAGUCCGCGGUCGAGGCGCUGAAUAUCAUUGCCGCCAUUGCCGCCAGCGAGGGAAACUGGGGGGUGCAGGAGAUCCUCAACGCCCCCGGCGUAAUGGGGAUGCUUGCAAAGCUGCCGGAACAGAGCUUGGGAGCGGGAAGGGAUACGGAUGGGGCGGCGUGGAGAGUGCUGAGGAGACGGUGGGAGGUCGCGAAAACUGUGGAGGAGAGGCUGGAGGGGGGGAGUCCGUGGAAGGGACGGAUGCAAGAGCGUGUGGCCGGCGGCGUGGUUAGGCGUGUUGGGGCAGGGGAGAGGGUCGAGGUUGCGACGGAGGGGAUGUAGCCUGGGAUGGGAUGGGAUGGG